AUGUCUGAAUUAAAAGAUUUCAACCGCAUGUUCAGCCUCGACGGCAAAGUCGCGCUGGUCACUGGAGGCUCAAGAGGUCUCGGACUUCACACUGCGACAGCGUUUCUUCUCGCUGGCGCAAAGAGAGUCUUCAUCUCUGCGCGCAAGAAUGAAGGAGAACAAGGCAUUGACCAAGCCGUCGAGAAGCUCAACAAGCUGCCUGUGUCUGGUACAGCCGUCGGCAUCGCCGCCAAUGUCGCCGAUACUGAAGAUAUCGAGAGAUUGGUCAAGAAGGUGCACGAGACCGACGACAAGCUGGACAUCCUAGUGUGCAAUGCCGGCGCGACGUGGGGAGGCCCUUUUGAUCCCACACCAGACUGGUCGAGCAAGAAGGUGUUAGACCUCAACGUUCGCGGCGUCUUCAAUCUGGCGCGGCUCUUCGCACCUCUGCUCGAACGCGCCGGUACUCGUCAAGCGCCCUCUCGCAUAAUCAUCGUCUCUUCCACCGCCGGGACAACCGUCCCCCACGUCGGCGAGCAUGGUACAAUCAUGUACAGCAUUUCCAAAGCGGCAGCACAUCACCUUUCACGACAACUCGCUGUCGAGCUCGGCCCCAGGAAUAUCACAACCAACACUGUUGCGCCUGGUUUCUUUCCCUCGAAACUCGCAAAUGGGUUGAUCGAGAUGCUGGGUGGACAAGAAGAAUUGGAGGAGAACAAUCCACGAAAGCGAUUAGGCGAGCCUGAAGAUAUUGCAGGUGUUAUGGUGUUCCUGUGUAGUCCAGCGGGAGCGUACAUUAACGGAGAGGACAUCGCUGUAGAUGGUGGCAUGCGGCUCGCAUCAGGACGUUAUUCCAAGUUAUAG